UGAAAAAGGUAUGAGUAUUAUUACAAGUAUAUAAAAGUUUUGAGGCGAUGAGUGAGUGGUUCACGUAUGAAAAGUACAACAUGCAGCAGCCUGUAGAGAAGCAGACGUCAGAUCAACGUCGAGAGUUCAAGAACCAAGUUCAACAACAACCAACAGAGCAGAGGUCAAUCCGCUCUCCGAUCAGCGACGUUUUACGUCUCUCACAGAGCUGGGACGUAUCAAGGAUACUUGACGCACACUCUGCUUCCAAAAGCAGAUCCAGCACCGGCAAACGCAGCUCUGAACUCAACAACUCAACUUUCAUCGAAAAAGUGCUUAACUUUAGCGGCUCUGAAGAAACCUACAAGCAAAGUGCAUUCAAUAAAGUCCAAAGUCAAAUGCCCGCAAUCUCAGGACGUGAUUCAAUGAAACAAAUUUUUAGUGUGAAAGAAAACAAAAUGUCCGGCCUCGACGAAAUUUCUAAUGGAGGAGAAAAUAUUAUCCCAGAGUUAUUGGACUCGUCGAAAGUUUUUUCUGGAGAAGAAACUGUUGUGGAAACUUUAAACUCACCAGGUUUCGGUAUUUCACAUCAUAGUCCUCUAUUUAUACGAAGUAAAUUCAGGGACAAAAUUUCAAAGAUCCAUUUGAUGAACUCCAUCAGAAUUAUCAGAAGAAAUAAUAGUCUCGCAUCUGUCCCAAACGAUAAUAGAAUUAUCCAUUCAUCCCUGGCAAAAAGUAGCUCAGAAAGUAUCCUUUUGUCGUCAACAGUCUCAUCGCUAAACGGAAGACAAAGCAGUGUACGCUGCGGUCGGCCGAGAUUCAUACCACAGACCCUGGAAAAUGUAAUAGAUACUUCUAAUGAUACAUCUGAAAUGAGAUUGCGAAAAGCUUUUGGGAUAAUCGAAAAGAAGAAAGAAGUCUCUAUGAAAGCCAAUCAACCUGAAACUAAAAGUGCGUUUUCGUCAAUUUUCACAAAACUGGGAUCGAGAUCUAAAAUUGCAUCUGAUGUAUCCAGAGAAGAACACGAGCCUAUACCUUUACAGGUUGAAGAUUUGAGACACGAAAAAUCGGAUGAUUUCAUAAGAAAAAUAACAUCGGCAUCUCUUGUACAAAUGCAGCUCCAAGAAAUAAAAGAUACGGAUCUUGAUCUCGAACAAUUGAGAAUGGAAGACGAAUUUAUGACCGCACCUUUGGAUCGACCAGCUGUUGAUGAUGAGUUAGGAAGUGUGGACAGAGCUAGCUGGAUGGGGCAGUUGCCGGACCAUGUCAAGCAAGCUCCUCUGCAACACCUCUUCAUCCCAGGCAGCCACGACUCGUGCACCGCUAGCCUGACGGGGGGCGAGAUGGGUCCGGACGUAUCGCCGGGCGUGCGUCGUCUGGGCAGAGCUUGCCCUUGCAUCGCCCAGCCUGCCUUCCUCAGGUGGAGCGUCACCCAGCGGGCUACCCUCACCGAACAGCUCACCAACGGUGUCAGGUAUUUUGACCUGCGUGUGGCGGAGCUGAACGGUCGCCUACACUUCGUGCACGGACUGUACGGGGACGACAUCCAGCUCAUACUGGAAGAAAUAUCAUUGUUCCUGUUCUCGCACUCGAGCGAGGUUGUGCUGCUGGACUUCCAGCAUCUGUACGACCUGACUCCUCAACUACACCGUGACCUUGUAGGCAUCAUCCAGCAGGUGUUCCAGGGGGCGCUGUGCCCGGUCAUGCCCCCAUACAACCUCAACCUUGCCUUCCUUCAGAAAAAACAAUAUCAGGCGCUGGUGUUCUACAGGUCAGACGACGUCAGCGAGUUCCCCGAGAACUUCUUAUGGACUAAAGACAUGAUGCCCAACCCGUGGCCGCACACCAGCGACGCCAAGGAAAUGAUUGAGUUCUUGGCGCGUGCUCUUGAUGCCCGCAAUCUUGGCUUAUUUCAUGUCACACAAUGCGUUUUAACUCCGUCCAUGUCAUCGUUUAUGCUGCGCCACUUGUGCAGCACUCUGGAAGCCAAGAUGGCCAUUCCAGCCAACACUGCGGUCCUCAAGAACCUUCCUCUCCUGGCUGACAGGGAAGGUGGGUGCAACAUCCUCAUGGCUGAUUUUGUUGACUUCAAAGAUUACGCGUUGCCCAAAGCCAUCAUCCGUCGCAACUUCGAGAAGCCAGAGUGACGGUCCAAUCUCUCGCUGCCGCAACAUCAAUCAAUCGUUAUUUGUCACUUUAUGAUAGCUAUUAGUGGAUUUCAACAGAAAUGUAAUGAAUUUCAAGUUAUUCAACGAUGAAAUAUUAGUCUAUGAUUUUAUAAAUAAAUGUUUUAAAUCUCAUGACUUUCAGCUCGUUCGUAGAUUAGAGGUAAUUUGUUAAUAAACGGACGCAAAAAUUGCUUGUUUUGCAGCAUUAUAAUUUUCUUCUUCGAUACAAAUAGGUUUGAUUCUCUGAUGUAUUAGUGUUUAAAGAAUUUCUAUGAAAUAUCUCUCAAGUUUAACUUUCAAUGAUACUAAUAUUGUAAUGAAAUUACGAAUAAAAAUAUCAGUACCUGCACUCAAAGGAUGUUAUUCUAAUCAUUUUCUAAUGCAACGUUCCAUCACAUAAUGAAUAUGAACUAUUGUAUGAAAAAAAAUCGAACUCAAGUAUUCAG